GCCUGUACGGUGACGGUAGGAAUCUAUCCAUUACGUUGCUAACGGCAGCUUGCUCAAAUCUUGCGCGUAGCGGUGCCAAGACGAUGUCCUGGAGAUGGCGCAAUGGAUCAGCAGCAGUGGCUCUGCUGGUUGCGGUUCUCCUGCCCCGGGGCCAGCCGUUCGUCAACAGUCUAUGUUGUUCGUUCCGGGUCAGCAGCGGUAACCCUGCAAGCAAGCGAGCUUUGCCAAGGAACGUCAACAUGCGUGCAGAGGGGCCAUCCGGCCGGAUCGGCACCAGUAGGGCAGCUUUUCUCAGGAGUGCGCUAGGCGGUGCUGCUGCGCUUGCAACUGUUGUCGCCAGGCCAAAGGAAACGACCGCGUUCGCGCUGCCCUUCGGGCCUAAGGACAACCCAGAACUGGAGGAGGUGGUCAAGGUGGCCGGGUACUCCAGGUUCGUCAACAAGUUGGAGCAAGACCUGAAAGCGGGGGCCCUGAAGGGAGGGCCCGAGGACUCGGUGGUAGUCUUGAGAGUUCUCGAGGUCUACCUCGAGCCCAUGCAGGAGGAGAUGCUCAAGGUGGCGCCACUCAUGCAGCUCGCUGGCCGCGAGAGCAGGGAGCGAGUAAAGCUCUUGCCGCUGAUCAUGAAGGGGCACCUGUUGGAGCUAAAAGCGGCUUGCGGGACCAAAGACGCCAAGGAGCAGCUUGAGGAGGUCCAAGAGGUGAGGGAGACGUUGGACGAGUUCAUCGCCUUGGCGAAGACGCGGUACGAAAUUGCACCCCUGGAUCCGGAAGGCGCGCCGGAUGGUGACCAGCUUGGCAUUUUCGGCUGCAGUUUUUAUGGCAUGAAGCGCACGGACGGCAGCAGCCGCUGCCAGCCGGACCCAUGACGACGAAGAGACUGCUGAAGUUUUGCCCUGCCUGUCUGACGACUUCGUUCUGCGUGACGAGGGAAACGAAGAGGAAACAGCUUUGUACACCAGUGCAGCCCAAGACGCCUCCUUCUCUUGAGGAAAUCUUCUUGUCUCGACAGCAGAGCGAGGGUUAAGCAAGGAUUUUGGAAAUUCGAAUUUUGCGUCAAGAACGGAACCCGCCAAGAAUCCAGGGGUCCUCCCCCCCCCCCCCCCCCCCCCCCCCCCCCCCCCCCCCCCCCCCCCCNACAUCACACACACGCACCCUGGUGGUAGAACCCUUUCGAGUUGAAAGUGCUCGAGAGUAUUUUCCCGCUACAAUAAUACAGACGUCCUUUCGUCGGUCGACCGGUUGGCGCGGUCGAUGCUAUUAUGUUUUAGAAAACACACCGGAAAUACACACGCCAAGCAACUUCGUUGGUGUAUGCAGAGGGCGGUAGAUGGGUGCGUAAUUGUUACCGUUACAUUUUCGCCGUCGUGCAUACGUGAUUUUCGCGGCACUCCCACCGGGGAAACCGCGGCCUAGAAGGAGUUUUGGGAGUGUCGCCCUUGGGAAGAUUGAUUGACUUCCGUGUUUUCGUGGAUCCGUCGGUCAGCGAAGACGUUGAUCAUAGUCGCAGAAAUUUAAACUCCAUGUGACAAAACCGGCGUUUGCAUCUUACUGUUUUUUCCAAUUGCUCCAUCACGCUCGAAAUUCUGUUCUUUGUGUUUCCUCUUGUCAUGGGCGAGCAUGUUGGUGGUGGGUUGGUUGUGGUUAAACUUGUUUGCGAGGUUUUCCACUUUCUCACGAAAAUGCUGGUGUUUUUCUGUGUGGCUACCGCAUCCGGGUUUGUUUUCAUACAACAUGCAUGAUGACGAAGAGAGUAGAGUUGGUGGGUCGGGGUGGGGAGAGUGCUGACGCCUGUUUUUGCUCGCUUGGGCAGAUCAUGCGUUGCUUCCACUACGAGCGUUCGGAUCGGAACUCUGUAUGCUAGCGGUACUUGCUCUCGGCCUUUUUCGGCAGUGUUUGCUGCUUUUCCUUUCGCGGUCCGUGUAUCCCCGUCCAUUAGAUAUUCGUUCUGUUUCACCUGAACUUUGAGCACACCAACCAAUGGCUGUGGGUCGCA